CACACUUAUAUAUACCUUUUUUGCCUUGAAAAUUAUUUAAAUUAGUGGAAGCUACAAGUAAAACAGUACUAACUUGCACCAUGAUGAAAGCUUUUGCCCUGUUUAUUUUCAUUGCUUCGACUCUAACGUCAAAUGCACAAACUCCAGCAGGUGUAACUUAUCGCUGUUUUGGACAAAUAUGCCCCGUUUCCACCGUCCUAUGUCAGAGACUCCAAUACACCGUGGCAAAUAACACAUUAUUACAGACGGAAGUUGACUGUCUUGAUGAUACUUUAACGACGGUUAAUUCUUUCAAUAACACUCGACCUAACCCUUUUGGCGCCGACUGGAGCUUCCAGGGCCUUACUGUGGCUAAUGUGGUAGUAGGGUUUCAGAAAAAUGUGUCAACUGUUACUCCUAUUUCUUCGAGUGUUACUCCAACUGGAAGAAUAAGGAACACUACUUCUAGAACGACUACAAGAUCCUAAGUUUGGUAAAAUACGAAGUGUAGUUAGAUUCAAUAAAAUUGUGAUGAUUUAGUA